CCCAGCUUUUAAUGCCAUUGGGAACAUAUAUUUCUGUUACUUUCAAAGUUUUUGACUUGAAAAUUGAAACAGUUAUUUAUUAUCAAAGUCUACUCCAGGAGAAAUAAUCCUCAUUAUUCUUAUUGAAUUUUGACAGAGUUAUGCCCCUUUUUAAAUUGGAUUUUUUUAACUUGCAAAGCUCUAAUUUAAAUUAAGAGUAAAGCACUGAGAAAAGUCGAGUGCGCUGUCUUUAUGGACAGCUUUGUACUAUUACUGGGAUUUGACUUUAUAUUUCAGAAAAAUGUAGAGCGGCUGAAGGCUGGCAACUUUAAGUAUAUUUUGUCACAUCCUGAACAGCUAAUAUAGCCUGAAGUGAAGAGACUGCUGAUGUCACACCCAUUGGCAAAUAGAAUAACAAACAUGGUUGUGGAUGAAGCCCACUGUAUCCUGUUAUGGGGUGCAUCAGAAUUCAGACCGGCAUAUAAAAAGCUUGGGAUGCUGAGAGCUGUUGUGCCCAAUGUAAAAGUUUUGGCGCUGACUGCAACAGCAACAUUAAAAGGCCAAGAGGAAAUAAUUUCCAGUCUACAUAUGCAUGACACAAAGGUUAUUUCAGCGUCACCAGACAGAACAAAUGUAUUCCUCGAGGUGAAAAAGAGACCCCCUUCAAGUGGCGGUGAAUACAGUGCAGAGGAGUCUGUAUUCUCCUGUGUAGAUCCACUGUUCAAAGGUCUAACACAAGAGGAAACAACCUUUCCAAAAACAGUUAUCUAUACACAGCUUAAAUGGUGUGGAAUAUUGCACAACCGUGCUAAAUACAAUUUUGGGACACAGUAUGUUAAGCAGUACCAUUCUCCACAAUCACAGGCUAUGAAAACAGCUAUUGUGGAAGAGAUGGCAGUUACUGAUAAACAAGCAAGUUCCAUACGAAUCUUAGUUGCCACAGAAGCCUACGGAAUGGGGAUGGAUGUUUCAGACAUAAGGAUUAUUGUACAUGUUGGACCCCUAUCAACUCUGGAAUCGGAAGGCUCAGGAACGCUGUCUCUAUCCCUGUUUCUACGAAGGCGCUUUAAAAAAUUGGGAUACAGCAACUUCCGUUUCGUAACUUCCUGUAUUAGCGCAUACCGGGCUGUUUGGAGAGAACAGUCGGGUACCAGGCUACCUCAGUAUAUGCAGACAACAAAGACGAAUAACUAUAUACGAGCGAUACCGUCUCUCCCCUAUUACCCGACUGUUUAUACAAAUUUUCUCUGAAGUCAUAUUUGAGGAAGUUAUUAAUUACAUUUUAACCAUCGAUCGGUAAUCACCAUAAUAUAACUGGACACAAAAUGCGUAAUGGUUCAAUUUAUUUUUCCAAACGAAACUAGGUGAACAUUUAUCAGUUAAUGUAUGUCUGUGUUUAUCACAAACGCGCCAAACAUAACGUGUGGAAAAGUGAAUUUAUUGGGUUUAUAGUCCACGGUGAGGAUGCGUACACCGGAUAUUGCCAUUAAGUGAUAAGGUAUUUUCCGAAAAUGUGAUUAUUUUUCGUUAACAAGGUAAA